AUGACUGGUGAACAAGGUGAAGGCGGCGGAAAUAUUCACAGAGAUAAUGAUCAUAUAUCAUCAGGAACACCACAUAUAGCGAAGCAGAAUUUACAACAGCAGGAGAAUGAACCGACACUGGAUUCUUGUUGUUCUAUUGCAACCCCCAUGCAUAGAAGGAUGCAAACUGUGGCAGUAGCAUGGCAUUGCUCGUCCUUUGUUAUAUUCACUUUAUUUAAUUUAUUCCUAUUAUCCUCACCCUUCUGUUGGUUGUUAAUAAUCCCUUAUUUGAUAUAUUUCUUUAAUGACAGGUCUCCAGCUAAUGGGAACGUUGUUAAUAGAUAUUCUCUCUGGUUCAGAUCGUUGUAUAUAUGGGAUUUAUAUUGUGAAUAUUUCCCUAUAUCAUUAAUUAAAUCUGCAGAUUUAAAACCAACGUUUACUUGGGAACCUCAAGAGGUCACUAAUGAAAGCGAAACUACGUCCCAAAUUGAGAAUAUCAAGAAUAACGGAUUGAAAAUUAGAAUUUGGCCUUCGAAUUAUCACAUUAACAUUAAAAGAAGAUUACAAAACAACGAUUCUCAGACUCCUAAAUUGGAACUUAAAGCAACUGGUCCACGUUAUAUAUUCGGUUAUCAUCCUCAUGGAAUAGGUGCCCUCGGUGCAUUUGGCGCAUUCGGUACCGAAGGUUGUCAUUGGACGAAGAAGUUUCCUGGGAUCCCAAUUUCUUUAAUGACUUUAGUUACUCAAUUUCAUAUCCCAUUAUAUAGGGAUUACCUCUUAGCUUUAGGGAUAACAUCUGUAUCAAGGAAAAAUGCCUUGAAAGUAUUACAAAACAAUCAAUCAAUAUGUAUUGUUGUAGGUGGAGCAAGAGAAUCUUUACUUACUGAACCAAAUAAAGUGGAAUUGAUCUUGAAUAAAAGAAAAGGGUUUAUUAAGUUGGCCUUAGAGACAGGAAAUGUUGGAUUAGUUCCAACAUUUGUCUUUGGUGAGAAUAAUACAUAUCAAAUUUUCAGAUCAAGAGAAAAUUCGUGGUUAAGAAACUUCCAAUUAUGGAUCAAGGCAAAUUUUGGGUUCACAAUUCCAAUUUUUUAUGCUAGAGGUCUAUUCAAUUAUGAUUUUGGUUUGUUACCUUUUAGAGCACCAUUGACUGUGAUUACAGGCAGACCAAUUUAUAUUAAAGAAAAAAUUAAUAAUCCACCGGAGGACAUUGUAAAUCAUUAUCAUGAACUCUAUAUCGAGGAAUUGAAAAGAAUCUACUGUGAAAAUAAAGAUCAAUACAAUAUGUCAGACGUUGAUUUUAAUAUCGUAGGUUAA